GUCCGUUGGAUUGGACAGGAGUGCUAGAUUGGACUCGGAUGUCGUGGCGGUGGACUGGUGGUCGGGUGGUCGGGUGGUGCUCUAACUCUUGAUGGGCCUGCCAAGCGGAUGAGGUGGAGCGCGGGUGCUCGCGAAUCAUGUUGAUCCCACAGCUCGGAGUUCAGUCUGGCUAGGACGGGCCACGAGUCUCGAGGGUCGAUAAAGGCCAGGCAGUGACUCAGCUGAUCAACAACGCCUCAACUUGGACGUAAAACUCGAGCGAGGCCACAUCGGUGAAAACAGAGAAAAGGCCGAGAGAGACUACUGACUAGGCGCCGACUUACCACCACCAUCUUCAGUACAGCCAUAUCAACCCACCUCCUGGAUUGUUAAGAAGGCCGAGUCCGCUGGGACUGGUGAGUGUGGAGUGAAAAGGCCACCCGCCUAGAAAGUCCGAUCGACCUGAUUGGAAGACAUUCCGCGAGCGGUGGUAUACCAGAAAUAAGGCUGGGUUGGGGGUUGUGUUCUCGGUUCUCUGUUCUCUGUUCUCGACAAGGAGGAGGAGGAGGAGGAGGAGUAGGAGGCGUGAGUGAGUUAGCGAGCGAGUGAGUGAAUGAGUGAGUGUGGUCGCUUGGUUGGGUCUCCAGUGAGUUUUGUCCAUGGGAAAGGGUCGUCGUUGUCUGUCUCGUGAUAAGUGAAGUGAGGCUUUAAAGGCUGGUGUCGAUCGACCAAGUCCAUCCAUACAUCCCUGCCUCAUUUCUUGACUACUCGCUUUGUUUCGGACCCACCCGCCCCCCGCCCCCUCCCUCGAUUGGGCCCAUUUAAACGCUGUUCACAACGGGAUCGUGCUUGUGGUAUUGUGGGGUGUUUGCACUCUCCGAGCGAGGAGUUGGAAAGGCUGUAUCAGUUGGGUCCGCCCACAGCGCGAGUCGUGUGAGUUACCAGCGAACACCAUUGAUCUCCCUUCCUAAUGAAAAAAGAAGCAUUGAAGAGCGAUUCAUCGUGGUAGUGAGUGAGGGGGCGUUUACCCAAUCCCUCUGGUGAUUCACGGGAGGAUAGUGGACGGUCAAUAUUUCUUUGCCAAGUUUUGCCACGGUGGUGCCCCAACAUGGCCACCGCGUCCAAUUCGGGCUCGUCGAGGCCUCUCAAUAUGUGUGCCGGUGACCCCUCGUCAUCGUUCUUGGGGCUCAUGCUCACCUCCUCGGUUGGGACUGUUCCCUCGGCAGCCGCCUUACAGCAUGCCUUGAGUAAGGUUCCACUGAGCUCCCCUCCCCCUUUAUCGGAAAUGGACUCUUCACCCGCUUCACCGGCCUCUCCAGCUGAGGUGCGGUCUCCUUCUCCCCCUCCAAUUGUGGCCACACCUCUAGUGUCACCCACGUGCACUUUUACCUCAUCCACGUCAGUCUCGCCGAUUCCUCCCCCUUCCUCUCAAGUGUUGAGCUUGGUGACUGGUGACACGACGAUACCCUCCAAUGUGGGAUCCACAAUCUUUCGACCUCAUCCAUCGUCGCCCAUUUGUUACUCCACGUCUGUGAAUCCACAGGCGUUACCUCUAUCUCAAUUGGGUGCAGUGAGUGGAAAUCGUGGAGUGAAGGUGUUGGGAAACUACCUGCUAGUGGAAAAAGAAGAGGGUAGCAGUUUUUACCGUUGCAUCAAUAUUCAUACCAAUGAAGAAUUUGUGUGUCGGUCUGUCAAAAAUGAUCCUCAUCAUCGUUCUUUGGUGGCGGCUCACUACCGGGUAGAUGGUCACCCCAACAUCAACCCGGUCCGUGAGGUCAUCCUUGGAGGUGACCACACGUAUCUUAUAUUUCCCCCCAGUACGACUGACCUCCACUCCUAUGUGCGGACAAAGCGGAGGCUGAAGGAGCCACAAGCAAGGGCAUUGUUCAAACAGAUUGUGGCUGCAGUGCAUCAGGCGCACUCCAAGGGCAUAGUUCUCAGAGAUCUCAAACUCAGAAAGUUUGUCUUCACAUCAGAAUCCAGACUUGAUCUGAAACUGGAAUCUUUGGAAGAUGCGGUGGUCCUGGAAGACCAUGCGGAUGACUUCCUUUCGGAUAAGCACGGGUGUCCCGCCUAUGUAAGUCCAGAGAUUCUACGCUGUAAUACCCGAUAUUCGGGUAGAGCCGCAGAUAUGUGGGGUCUCGGAGUCAUGCUUUACACCAUGUUGGUGGGCAGGUACCCGUUUCAUGGUCAAGAGCAUUCUGGACUUUUCGCCAAGAUCCGCCGCGGUCUCUUCAGUCUUCCCGAUAGUCUUUCCUCUCGAGCGAAAUGCCUCAUCCGAUGUCUGUUACGAAAAGAUCCAACCGAAAGAUUAACCACGGAGGAUGUGCUUCUCCAUCCUUGGCUCACUCAACUCAGUAGCCGGGAAAAAGGCACAUCCCGGCGGUCCAGCCAAGAUCUCUUGGACCAAUCCGUACCUCAAUGUUUGCAGCCAAAUGUGGCACCUAAACGGGUCAGAGGGACCAAACGUCCAUUUGACGCAGUUUCAGGGGUGUUGGGAAGCGGGGUCGAAAUUCGCAGUGCCGGCGCAGUUCAUGGAACAACCAGUGCAGACACCAGUGGAGCUCUACUAGCGGCGACAACACCGCUGCCACCACCACCACCGACAACAACAACAUCAACAACAACAACAAUUAAUGGUGGAAAUUCGACGGGCGGCGAUACAAAUUCCGAGAUCAAUAUUUAAUAGUGGCAUCCAACUCGAAAUCCAAAUGAUGAUCAAAGUGCAGAAAAUGCAACAACAUUAUCUCUCUCUCCGCUCCUUCUCAAACAUAUACACUCACACGGACAGACUUACUCUUAGUCAUUCAUUCAUUCAUUCAUGCAUAUAUAACCACACACACACUGAACGAGUUCGGUCAAAAUAGGGCUACUUGUGAGCCUGGAUCAGAUCAUGAGUAUUCAGUGACUCAAACGAACAAUAAUUCACACUUCCUUCCCCUUGUACCAAACCAGCCGUGGUUCAUUCACAUUGAUGUCGUUUUCGUCCCCUCGCCCCAUCCUAAUUCUUUUAUUCUACGAUUGCUAUCAAGAUACAUUCAGUUAACCCGAUCCCUCUUCUUCCUGAAGGACCCAUCACACCAAACGAAACGUAACAACACCGUCUAAGGCUACCUUACAAUAGUUACCACAACUCAAAAGUCUGGCCAACGAAAUCAAACCAAUGCCAAGGAUCCCUUUGAGACGACAUCUUAGCACGAGCAAUGGAUUUUGACCCACUGAACUUGCUGUAAUUAGCAGGCCAUGGAAAGUAAAAUCUUCAUCUUUCCUCUUUAUUCAUGCCCUCCUCGUGGCACGUACUAUUGUCUUAGCCGAAUUGAUCAAGCGAUUCUCAUUUCUUUCAAAUGCAGGAAGUUACCCAAUAAUCUCAAAGCUCCACGAUCGGAAAACAAUGUCUGAAGCGCCCUCGAUUGGGUCCUAAUUCGCACAAAGUACAUUCCUCGUGUUUUCGAAAGGCAUGUCAUUCGUACGACCGAAUUUUCCAUCGGUGUCCUACGGUUUAUCUAACCCCUUCAUUCUCUUCCCCCGCUCGUUAUCCACAGGCUAAAUUCGACCCCUUUUCCAAUCAAUUGUCCCGCGUUUCAUGAACCAUAAUAACUCCAAUAUUUUCUCUGAUCCCACGUUUGUUCCCAAGUUCAAUUUAAAUCUGUGAUAUUGUCUUCUUUUCUUGCCCGGUCUGACCUUGCAACGGGUGGCUUGGGUAAUCCCGUUAGCUCUAAUCCCCCUGGCGAGCCUUUUUCUGACCUUUCGAAAAUCCCAAGCCUAUCAUCAACCCUUUUUUGACCUUUCUUCCAAUCAUAAGCCUCCCAGUCCCGUCUCCAGUCUGUCUUCGCCGUUUCAUUUCAUUUGGACAUUAUUAUCACUAUUCCUAUCAACAUCAACAUCAAUAUUAUAAUCAUCAUUUCUGUUAUUUUUUGUCUUGGCGCGAUGUGUUUCAGUUUUCGUUUACCUUAGUUAGGAAACAAGUGGUAAAACAUUCGAUUUGACGUCUUCCUAGUGUAGAAAUCAAUGCCAAGGUUUUGCCAUUCGAUGGAAACUAUGCCUCCUCGUCAAAGUAAAAGUCCACAAAACUGAUCUUGUAUGAAAUAAAAACACAAAAUCGAAACUAA